AUGUCGAGCUUGUUCGGCGCCAGCGCGGGCAGCUGCAGUGCAGCUUCCCUCUCGGGCCUCCACGGCGUGAGCGCGGCGUCGGCCUCGCUGGCGCCGCUGUCGCUGACGUCAUCUGAUCGGCGCUCGGCAGGCGCGGCGCCGGCGCCGCUCGCGCGGCCGCCGGACAUGGGGCUGCUGCGGGCGGUGCUGCUGCAGGUGGCUCAGGCGAUGCACUUUCUGCACUCAAACGGGAUCGUGCACGGGGAGUUGCGGGCGGACAACGUACUGCUGACGCGCAGCGUGUCUGCCGCAACAGGCAAGGAGCCAUCGCAGCAGCAGCAGCAGCAGCAGCAGCAGCAGCAGCAGCAGCAGCAGCCACAGCAGACAGGCCCCGCCCCCAGCCCCGACCCCAGCGCCGGCCCCGACCCAGGCGCCGCCCCGCCCGGCGCGUCGGAGGCGAGCGCGGCGAGGCGGGCGGCGCUGGCGGCGGCGUCGGCGCUGCCUGGUGGCGCGGCCGCGAAGCUCAAGGACGUCGGCCUGUGCACCCUGGUCGCCGCCGAGCGCAGCUUCGCGCUGCGGAAGCUGGCGGGGCGCAUGCGGAUGCACGUCGUGUCGUGGCUGCCGCCAGAGUGCCUGAGGGGGGAGGCGAUCGGGCGCGGCGCCGACCCCGCCUACCAGGAGCUCAGCAGCGCGCCCGCCAGGAUGCUGGAGGCCAUCGCACACGAAGGCGUGCGCCCCGUCUUCCCAGAGGCCACCCCGCACUGGCCGGACGGCCUCAGCGCCGGCGGCUACCACGUUGUUGGGCAGAAGGGCGGCCGCCACGGCCUGUGCGGCGACCCUGCAGACGACGGGAAGCAGCAGUUCAUGCGGCCAGGCCCCAUCCAGGGUGCGGAUGGUCGAGGGGCAGGCGGCCUGAAGCUGGGGGUGACUAGGGAACGGGCGGGGCUGGCGGAAGAGGUGUACAAGUCUGGCUCGACAAUUGAGAUCCACGUGAUGAUCACCACCAAUCACUACGGCCGCUUCAACUUCAACGUGUGCCCCCUGUCGGCCAAGACCGAGAAGGAGUGCAUCGCCCUGCAGCGGCCUGACGGCAAGGGCGACACCUGGGACCUGCCCAAGGUUGUCGAGGGCAGCCGCUUCAACGGCGGGUCUCUGGGAGAGAACCUGCGCCCGGCCGAGGUUUGGAGCAACUUCCGCUGGUACCGCCAGCCGCACGUGGACUGCGGCUACUGGAAGUGGUGUACCCGCUUUGAGGGGACCCCUGUGUACGCGGUGAAGUUCAAGCUGCCCCCCGGCUUCAAGUGCGACAAGUGCAUCCUGCAGUGGCACUACGUCACCGGCCACAAGUGUCACCCCCCCUGCCUCAAGCGCGAUCGGUACUACCCCGACUGCCGGCGCAACCCCAAGUAUGCUGGUACCUACCUGUCAAGCAUGGCCUACUGCGGGGAGCCGGGCACGCCGCAGCCAGAGGAGUUCUGGAACUGCGCGGACAUCAAGAUCCUGUAG